CCCUGACAGUAUAAAGGGGUGUCAAACUGCGUUAAUUCUACAGUGUGGAUGCUCUUUUUGGCCGCCAGCCUGCUUUCUCCUGCUUGCAGCCUCCCCCUCUGAGGCGAAGAAAAGAUUUUGCAACAAUUGAAAGCUGCCACUUCCAAGCAUGCCAUCACCAUCACUUAAUCCUGGCCGAAAUAUGUGUUCUGUCUGCCGUCUGCUUCUUCGGCUUCGCAAGAGGCAUUGGGAUGCUCCUGCCAACUGGAGAAAUUACUCCCAAGCCAACAAGCAUGAACCUCAUGGCCAAGUGGGGAAAACGACCCAUUUGAAAAAUAGGGCAGAGAAACAGAAGCGGCAGCGGGAGAGGCUGGCAUCCAUUGAAGCUGGGCUGACUGCUGGGAUGAAGGAUGAGCAUCCAAGCCAAGGAAAGGGCAGAAGAGCAAGAGACAUGGCUCUGUAUGACAUCCCAACCAUAGCUGGUGAAAAGAAAGACACUUCGGGGCCUCUGCCCAUCUCCUAUAGCCCAUGCUAUGUUGAAGCUGCUUGGUAUGUUUGGUGGGUGAAAGAAGGAUUUUUCAAACCAGAAUACCAGCAUCAUUUGCCGAAUCGGAAGCCAGAAACAUUUUCUCUCUCUAUUCCUCCACCUAACGUCACAGGGUCUCUGCACCUGGGUCAUGCUUUGACUGUGGCUAUUGAAGAUGCUUUGGUACGGUGGAAAAGGAUGCAAGGCUAUAAAGUUCUGUGGGUUCCAGGUUCAGAUCACGCUGGAAUUGCCACUCAGGUUGUGGUAGAAAAAAAGAUCUGGAAGGAGCAGGGAGUCCGGAGGAAAGACCUCACGCGAGAGGCGUUCCUCCAAGAAGUUUGGAACUGGAAAGAAGAAAAAGGGAAUGAAAUAUUUCAGCAGCUGAAGGUGAUGGGAGCAUCACUGGAUUGGGACCGAGCCUGUUUCACCAUGGAUUCUAGAUUCUCCCAGGCAGUGACUGAGGCCUUUGUGCGACUGCAUGAGCAAGGCCUGGUAUAUCGGGACAGACGCCUGGUGAACUGGUCGUGUGCUCUGCGAUCAGCAAUCUCUGAUAUUGAGGUGGAGAACAGGCAGCUUGAAGGACGGACAGAGCUCUCAGUGCCUGGUGUUCCAGGCAAGGUACCAUUUGGGCUCUUGGAGACAUUUGCUUAUAAGGUGGAAGGAGAGGAAGGUGAGGAGCUUCUUGUGGCCACAACCCGCCCAGAGACAAUGUUAGGAGACGUGGCAGUUGCUGUCCACCCAGAUGACCCACGGUAUGCACAUCUCCAUGGGAAGAGGCUCUGCCAUCCAUUCACUGGGCACCUCAUACCUGUCAUUACAGAUCCCUUGGUGGAGCAGGAGAUGGGUACAGGAGCUGUGAAAGUGACACCAGCACAUAGCUAUGCCGACUAUGAAUUUGCUCAUCGGCAUAGACUGCCUUUGCUUUCAGUGAUUGAAGAAGAUGGUACAAUGACCGCAGAGUGUGGGGAAUGGCUGCAGGGCCUGAAUAGGUUUGUGGCCCGAGAGAAGGUGUUGGCUGCUUUGAAGGAGAAAGAUCUUUACCGAGGGGCAAAAGAACAUCCCUUAGUGCUUCCGCUUUGCAGUCGUUCGGGGGAUGUGAUUGAAAUUCUCCUAAAGAACCAGUGGUUUGUCCGGUGUGAAGCAAUGGCUCAGAAGGCCUUAGAGGCUGUGGAAUCUGGAUGCUUGAAGUUAAUGCCUGAAUUUCAUGAGAAGACCUGGAAGACUUGGCUCUUGAGUACCGGCGACUGGUGUAUUUCUCGCCAGCUCUGGUGGGGUCAUCAGAUUCCAGCCUAUCGAGUUACUAUUUCUGGGUCACCUGGCAUUGAAGAGGAGGAGAGUGAUGGAUCCUGGGUAGUGGGUAGAACAGAAGCAGAAGCUCGGAGAAAAGCAGCAGGCAUGCUGGGAAAAUCAGAAAAGGAUCUGGUGCUGGUGAGAGAUGCGGAUGUCUUAGAUACCUGGUUCUCCUCUGGCCUCUUCCCUUUUGCUGCGCUGGGCUGGCCCCAUGAGGUAAAAAUUGGGAUUCAGAUGUUUAAGUAA